AGCAGCAGCAGAGGCAGGAGGAGGACGAGGAGGAGGAGGAGGAGGAGGAGGAGCCGUCGCAGGAUGAAGGAUCGGACUCAGGAGCUGCGGAGUGCUAAAGACAGUGAUGAUGAAGAGGAGGUGGUCCACGUGGAUCGCGACCACUUCAUGGAUGAGUUCUUUGAACAGGUGGAAGAGAUCCGGGGCUGCAUCGAGAAACUGUCAGAGGAUGUGGAGCAAGUGAAAAAGCAGCACAGCGCCAUCCUGGCCGCCCCCAAUCCAGAUGAGAAGACCAAACAGGAGCUGGAGGAUCUCACCGCAGACAUCAAGAAGACGGCCAACAAGGUCCGCUCCAAGUUGAAAGCAAUCGAGCAAAGCAUUGAACAAGAGGAGGGGCUGAACCGUUCCUCGGCGGACCUGCGCAUCCGUAAGACCCAGCACUCCACCCUUUCCCGGAAGUUCGUGGAAGUAAUGACCGAGUAUAACGCGACCCAGUCCAAGUACCGGGACCGCUGCAAGGACCGGAUCCAGCGGCAGCUGGAGAUCACUGGAAGGACCACCACGAACGAGGAACUGGAAGACAUGCUGGAGAGCGGGAAGCUGGCCAUCUUCACCGAUGAUAUCAAAAUGGACUCACAGAUGACGAAGCAGGCACUGAAUGAGAUCGAGACGCGGCACAACGAGAUCAUCAAACUGGAAACCAGCAUCCGAGAGCUGCAUGACAUGUUUGUGGACAUGGCCAUGCUUGUGGAAAGCCAGGGCGAGAUGAUUGACCGCAUUGAGUACAACGUGGAACAUUCCGUGGACUAUGUGGAGCGAGCCGUGUCCGACACCAAGAAAGCUGUGAAAUACCAGAGCAAGGCCCGGAGGAAGAAAAUCAUGAUCAUCAUUUGCUGUGUGGUGCUGGGGGUCGUCUUGGCGUCAUCCAUUGGGGGGACGCUGGGCUUGUAGGCCCCCCACCCCUGUCUCCCCCAGACCCUCCCCCCCACAUUGGGAGCAAUACCCCCACCACCCCUUUCACUCCAUCCCCUGCUCCAGGCUCACCCCCAAGACAGACCCAGGCAGCCCCGCUUCCCCACUUCCCGUCGGACCCCAGAGUCCCCGGACCUGCCCCCCACCCGCCACGGACCACCCCCCGCACGUAGACAGCAGCAGGCGUGAUUACACACGCACACCCACAUGCGUGCCGCCAGAACAUGCUCAAGACGUGUGGACACCCCAGCGUGUGUGUGCGUGUGCGUACGUGUGUGUAGAAGCCCCCAACCCCCCUUCAGCACC